AUGAAAAUCCCAGGAGACUACAGCAAGCGAGUGUAUCAAGGAGUGAGAGUGAAGCACACGGUCAAAGACCUGCUGGCCGAAAAACGAUCCAGGCAGACAAGUAACUCAAGAUUUAAUGGCAGUGUCGGUUCCACUCAGUCUCCAUUUGGCCCGGUGCCAGGCUCACCGGUGAUGUCAGGGUACUAUGGUGUCAGGAGAUCCUUCCUCUCCGACGCGGACUUUCACAACACCAAGCAGUUUGCCAACGACGCCUGCACGUCAAGCGGGGCCAAGCCCUUUGGCUGCGAGUCCUCAGCAGGGCAGGGCCACGCGGCCCUGCUGGACCCCUACUUCCCGGAGCCCUACGGGGACCACCGGCCCACGGCCCUGACCCCCAACAGCGGCACCCUGUUCUCCGCCUCGCCCCUGCCGCCGCUCCUGCCGCCGCCCUUCCCCAGCGACCCCGCACACUUCAUGCUGAGGGACUCGUGGGAGCAGACGGUGCCCGAAGGCCUCAGCCAGCCAGACCCUGUGCCAGCCGAUGCCCUGCAGAGCUUGGCGCCCAACACCGGCUGCCUCUCCCAGCUGGAGUCGGGCGGUGUCGCCCAGCACAGGAGCGCCGGCUGCGGCGGGCCCCUCACCGGGGUUCAGUCCUACUCACUGCAUGCGCUGGAGGAUCUGUACCACACGCAGGGGUACCCCACCCCGGCCCCCUACCCUUUCACCUCUUUCAUGACGAUGUCCAAUGACCCACCGCCCAAGGUGGGGCCCUUCUCCCCAGAUGAGGGGGCAGACACCUCUGCCCUCCAGGACGCUUCUCCGUGGACCAAAGAAGACGGGAGCCUGGCGUGGGGGCCAUACGAGUGCCGCAGGGCUUACUGAGGGCACCAGAGGACUUCUGUGCUUGAAG